AUGCUAUGGCUUGCAGCAGUUGCAAUGGUUGUGGCAGUGGCUAUGGCAGAAGUAAGGGCGACUAAACUGAGAGGGAGUGAAGGGAAGAGAGAAGAUAGGAGAAUGAGAGGAAGGAAAAGAGGAAGAGAAGGGAAAGGGAAUAGAAGAGAAGCGAAUAGGGAGGCCGAGAGGGAGAGAGGAGAGAAAACGAAGAAAGGAGAGGGUGCUGGAGAGCACAGGUUCAGAAUAGCACUAAGUAGUGGGAGUUCGACUAAGGUGUUCACAGUUUGGCAGCACAGAGAGAAGACAGCAGCAAUGAUGCUAUGGCUUGCAGCUGUUGCAACAUCUGUGACUGUGGCAAGAGUAAGGGAGAGUAAACUGAGAGGGAGAGAAGGGAAGAGAGAAGAGAGGCAAAGGAUAGAAAGGAAGAGAGGGAAAGAAGGGAAAGGGAAGAGAGGAGAAGAGAAUAGGGAGGCCGAGAGGGAGAGAGGAGAGAAAAAAAAAAAAGAGAAGAGGGUGCUGGAGUGA